GUUUUCCUGGAGGAGUUUUGGCGGCGGCAGCAGCGGCGGCGACAACCGGAGCGGGCCAUGGACGCGCUCAAGUCGGCGGGGCGCGCGCUAAUCCGGAGCCCCAGUCUGGCCAAGCAGAGCUGGGCAGGCGGCCGGCACCGCAAGUUACCAGAGAACUGGACGGAUACUCGGGAGACACUGCUGGAGGGCAUGGUUUUCAGCCUCAAGUACCUAGGUAUGACGCUGGUGGAGCGGCCCAAGGGCGAGGAGCUGUCUGCAGCUGCUGUCAAGAGGAUCGUAGCUACGGCCAAGGCCAGCGGGAAGAAGCUGCAGAAGGUGACACUCAAGGUGUCACCCCGGGGGAUCAUCCUGACUGACAGCCUCACUAGCCAGCUCAUUGAGAACGUGUCCAUUUACAGGAUCUCCUACUGCACUGCAGACAAGAUGCAUGACAAGGUGUUUGCGUACAUCGCCCAGAGCCAGCAGAACGAGAGCCUGGAGUGUCACGCCUUCCUCUGCACCAAGCGGAAAGUGGCCCAAGCUGUCACCCUGACUGUAGCCCAAGCCUUCAAAGUUGCCUUUGAGUUUUGGCAGGCGUCCAAGGAAGAGAAAGAGAAGAGGGAGAAAGCCAACCAGGAAGGAGGAGACGUCCCAGGGACCCGACGGGACAGCACCCCCCCAUUGAAAACCUUGGUUGCUACCGGGAACCUGCUGGAUUUGGAAGAGGUGGCUAAGGCCCCGUUAUCCACAGUCAGCGCUAAUACCAACAAUGUGGACGAGACCCCACGGCCUCAGGUCUUGGGCAACAACAGCGUUGUCUGGGAACUGGAUGACGGCCUGGAUGAAGCAUUUUCAAGGCUGGCACAGUCACGGACAAACCCUCAAGUCCUGGACACUGGACUGUCACCACAGGACAUCCAUUAUGCACAGUGCUUAUCGCCCAGUGACUGGGACAAACCUGACAGCGGUGGCAUCGAUCAAGAUGACGUCUUCACCUUCUGAGGACCCGAGGCUGGCAGUACACUUCUGGCCUAGACAUGUGACGGACCACAAGCCACCAGCAGUAGGCAGCCAACUUCAGGAGCCAUCAGCUGCCUUUGGCCAGGGGCGUCAGAGCCUACAGAUUCGUGUUGCACAGUCACGCAGGGAGAGGGGGAGAAAGAUGCCUGGGGUAUCCAUUUGGUGACUCCUGGUUUAUGCUCGGAAACCAGGUUUGAUUCAGGCCCUCAUGUGGUGGGGGGGGCGGGGCAGGGCCUGGCCUCCUGGCCUCUCUCCUGGAGCCAGUGCCCCCUCCUGCUGUGGGUGUCAGGACAAUGACCAAAGCAUUGCUUGUUCCUUUUCUCUGGGACAUCCUCACUCCUGAAGCAGUAAGAGCCUGCCGUUCUUUGUGUACUGGAGGGGACAUGGCUUUCAGGAAAGUCGGGGUUCCUCAAGCUCUGCUUCCUUGGGGCCGAGGAAGAGGCAGCCCCUGACCAAAGACACAUUUAACUCUGCACUUUAACUCUCACUUAAUGGCCAUGGUUCGAGGCUUGCCUCCUGCCCCCCCUCCACAAGAGGGCCCCAGUCCCUGACGUGGCCCAUACAGUGCUAGGACCUAGUGUACCAGCUGCCCAUGACUCCCAGAGUCUCUGCAACCAUGAGCCACCUCUGUGGCUCCUGGGAGUGCCCCCCGACAGACAAAGCUGGGCCUGCUCUUCUGUUUUGUCUGUAUGUCCUUGUGUGUGCUCCGUUUUCUGCCUCCCCAUAAUUCCUGGGAUGAUACCAAAGCCUAGCACUGGCCUGUGGCAGGCGAUUUUGCAUCCAUUUUACAGAUAAAGAAACUGAGGCGACACUUGUUGAGGGGUGGAGUUGAGAACAGAACCCAGAUCUGAUACCAAAGCUGCCGUCUGUGCUGCCACCUCCCAGCCCACGCCUCUUUCUCUGUGGCUUUGUUGUCCUCCCAGGAACCAGAACUCCCAGCUAUUUCUGACCAAAAUGUAUUUCAUAACAAACCAUCUGGUGCCUUUCUACACAGCGCUGGCGCAGGCCGCCAUGCCCUGCUAGCUGCUACACUGCAGACUUCUGGGCAGAUGUGUUUUGAAGUCUGUUAAUUCCACGGGUGAAACGGUAUCUCGCUCUAGAAAUGUCUCGCUGUCCUUUUCUGACCUGCAGCCAUAGUGGUCCCUCGACCCUAGCUGGUGGUCGGGCGGUCCAGUGGUGAGCUUCCCUUAAUCUCUCUUUUCUCCCUUCCCUGAUUCCCUGGGCUCUGGCAUCCUGAACCUCAGCCAAACCAACAACAUCUUUCCAUCGCAAGGAGCCCCCAGUGGCCGGGCUUGGGAAAGCCGGCCUCAGUAUCCCCAGGAAAUACAUUCUUCCUGAGUGGCUGCGUCAGAUCCUUGCCUUGGGGAGCGCACUUGGAGAAUUUUUGCUAGAAGGAAGGUUGCCAGCUUCCUUUCCCCGGCCAGCUCCAAGGCCCCCCGCUCCUUAGCCCAGGUGGCCAGGAUCUGGGGGCGAGGGGGACUGUGUGGUGCUGGAUGAUGCAGUAGUCUUGCUUGUGCCCGCUGCCAAUGCUGCUGUGUGAAGCUGGAAAGGCAGUUCUGAGCAGGAAACAAUAAAUGUUCCCUUUCUGAGUGUGGGCAUCACCUGGGGUGUUGCUGGUGACAAAGGGCAGGGUGGCGGCUUCUGGGAAGCAGCAGUGUGUCAGGAGACUGGGGUAGGGCACUGCACCAGAGUGGAGGGCAAAGGCAGGUCCCCAGUUGAUGGGCCAGCAGGGUACCUUCCUUCCUCCGCAGACUGCGAUUGUGUGGUGAGGUCACUGGUGGGUGAUGUAAGACCACGCCAUGGGCCUGUGUGUAAGCACUUUCUGUUUCUAACCGUGUGUUCUGGUCAGGCUCUGGGCCCCUGAGACACGAGUGUGAGAGGGUGCCCAGGUGUCCCCUCCCAGGGAUGGUGCUGUUCAUAGCUUUCCAGUGACUCAGAGUUGCAGGUUUAUCUGCUAUUAGACCUGGGCUCAGUGCUAGGAACAAGCAUGGCCCACUCGAAUUCAAGAUGUGUGGCUUCGUGUGAAAGGGGUCAGACGCAGAGGGUGGCGGGUUCUGUGAGAUCCAAAGUCCAGCUACUGCCAUGGGUCAGUUACCCAUUUUCCUUGCGCCUCAGUUUUACUGUCUGUAAACAGGGUACAGCAGUCUCCUGUGCCUAUGAUCCUGGGGUUUUAUUAGACUGUUGACCAUUAUCACAUUAGUGGUAGUACGUAGUCAGUGGCCUGAAGGUUUUCUCAGAGCAAAGGGUCAUUUGGAUCGAAUAUGUACAGUCCUAGCGGACUUGGACAGUGACUGCCACUCUGAGCAUACCUCCUGCGUGCCAGCUGACUCACAGAAGUCAGCUAGAGUCUACAAGCCAUCUGAUCCCUGCUGCUGAGGCCACAGACACCCCUCACCCUGCCGUGUAGGGAUUUCCCAAGAGAUUGCUGUGAUCCAGCUGCUCCUGUCCUGGCCAGACUCACAGUGACCAUCCCAGAAGGCCACAUUCCUCAGGUUCCACGGGCUUCUGUCUGGGGACUCCCCGGCCACUCCUCCUCCCUGUGGCUUGUGGGGGACUUGGGCAUUUAUGCCUUCAUUCCAUUGAAUAGGCCUACUUCAAGUAUGCAGAGGCAGAGCCUUCUGAUGCCAGCCGCCGUGCAGACUUCCCUGCGAGGCCCGGUGGAUCAGAGCAGACUACAGAAUUCCUUCUUUUUUUCCCCCAUAAUUUGAAAAGACACUCAACAAGCUCAUCUUUCGGUUUAAAUUUGGCCAGCGCCUUUAGUCUCCGGAUGUCUCAAAUUAUGGAUCCUGAGCGCAGCCGUCUGCUCUUUCAUGCAUAACAGGCAUAGUGAAAGAACAAAGCUGCCUUUCAGACUUGAUGUGACCUUCAGCUUCUCUGGGUACAUGUUGGGCUGGCUCUCCAGGAGACGCUGUCACGAUUACACCUUGCAGAGGGGCUCCCCAGCUUCCGUGCCUGGGACACAGGCUGGGGCCUGGGCUUGCUCCCCUUCCCCUGUCUGGUGCAGCAGAACAGGUGACCUGCUUAGCUAGUAGGAGGGACUACUUACCUUGUUGGGACCCUUGUGCCCAGCCUUGGCGAGAUCAUCUGCCGUGGCACACUGGGAGGUGUGUAGUAGUAGGACUAUAUAUAAUAUAUAUAAAAAAUGACUUUCAUUUAUUCUUUGACAAUUUUAUAGAUGUAAAUGAUGUCUUGAUCCUGCAUAUCCCCAGCUCAACUCUCUUCCCCCCCAGGAACCCCAACACAUUCCCUGUGCCACCUUUCCUUUUUCCUUCUUUGUAACCCCGAGUCCAGUUAGUCCUGCCUGUUGGAAUGUUGGCUUGACCUGGUGUAGGUAGCCAUGGCUGUGGUGAGUUCUUGACUGUGCUGUCUAUAUCCCAUCUAAACAACAGCACGCCUCUUCCCCGUGUUCCCUGAUCCUUGGGAGAGAGGUAUGAGAAAGGUUGACAGUGAUGCUCUGUAUAGGGAGAAGCCACUUGUCUCAGUACUAACCCAUUAGGAGUCUGCAGUAACGGCUGCCCACUGUGGAGAGAAGCCAUGCUGGCUAAGGGUAAGAGGAGGGCUGGUCUGUGGGUACAGACAUGAGUGUUCAGAAGCCAGUGUGGCAUGUGCCCUUUAGCAAAACAACAGUAGGAAGUUCCUCACGAGGCCCGUGACUGGUCUAACCAUGGGGUUUUGACAAAGUUUGUGGUACUAGGUCUGAAUUCCUGCAGAGUAGGUCUUCAAUGCCAAAGAGGCUGGUUACCUCCAUAACCUUCAUGCCAUUAUUGCUUGAGGGAGCAUAUCAGGCAUGGUAGGUCGGUCUUGUAGCAUGGAGGAUUGGGUGCUGGCUAAGAUGACAGAUGCGUUUCCUCCCUCCCCUGGCCUGCAUGGCUCCCGUCAGCGCGGAAAGAAAGCUAGUCAGCUCUGAGGAAACUUUCAGUUGAUGUCUGUGUCAUAGCAACCAGAGUGUGUCUUCCGCAGUAGAAUCUUACCAUCUGUUUGGGUGACCUCUGGGACCUCCCUGACCAAUACGUUGUAGGGAGGUAUCUUCUAUUGGGAUCUCCGAGGGACAGGAAAGAUCAGCAAGGUGACCUAAGGCUUACAUUCAGGAAGAGGUAAGUCUGGGAUUUGAACCCCAGGGUAUCUGAAUCCAAAGCUUAUUUCUGCCCCUGCAGACCAGCAGCACCAGUAGUGGGGAGUUUUGAACAUCAUGGGGGCUGAUUCCACAGUUAGCAUUGGUAGGUGCCCACUGCACAGAUCCAUUGGCGGGAGCUAUCAUGUGCCUGCGCUGGCUGCGCUGCUGCUCUGGACAUGCCCACCAUGGGACUCUGCAGGGCCGUGUGCCCAUUGCACCAGGCCCUGUCUUUUCCCUGCCAGCUUGAGGAUGGUCUUAUCAGAGGAGGGACAGUGGGUGCCAGUGCAAGGAGACUGGAAGGAAGAGAACAUUGGCAGUGUCACAUAGCGAGUUUGAGUUGAUGUAAUGGCUGCCAAGUAGGAUCUGCCUUUGUGGGGACUGUAGAGGUUAAUUACCACAGGCCUGAAACUCAGAUCCCAUGUGUUCAGUGUCAUGAGGUGGCCCUCCCCCUGCAGGUCACUAAGAACACCCAGAGAACAUGACCUUGCUCACGGGGAGCUCCCGAGGCCGCCAAAUGCCAGCAUAACACUGCUGGGCAGCUUGGAGCUUCCAGCCCAGACAGAAGUGGGCUGGGACACGAGGCCACGCUGCUAGGCAACCAUCGGUGCAGGCAACCAUCGGUGCGUUUCUGCUGAUCACCAGCUUGGCCCUGUCUGUGGAUGACAAGAGGCCUCUGCUCUUCACCCUUCUUAAUAGUCCAAGGGGCGGGGGCAUGCUUCCCAGAAGUCACUGGUCCUCCUUGCUUGCCUAUGCCAGUGUGACUUUGGUGAACAGGGUCGAGGGGUGUUGCACACGGGAUGUCUGGUAGGCUACUAAGUGAGGAGCAGUCCAGCUGGACCUCAAGAGAAGGAGUAGAAAGUUGAAGAUACUCCUGAUGGCUCGGUAGCUCUGCUGUUGGGGGCCCAGUGUGAGCUGCUCCAUGACCAGGUGCCCAGGCACUUCCUGACUCCGUAGGGUAAUGACUGGAUCAAGGCAGAAGUAGGUUUCUGAGAGCCUUCUGAAGAGGCCAGGAGCCCCAGGUCACAGGCAGCACAGGAAUUUGCAGGUCAUCAAGGCCCUGGUUCCACACUUCCAGCAGGCACUAGUUGUAGUGCGUUGAAGCUUCCUUCCUCCCGGAGGGGCAGCCCUGCAAUUCCUGAGCUGCUUUGGCAAACCUCUGGUGUCUAAUUCUACAUCCUGACCAAAGAUGUUGCUUUCCAAAAUGUUCUCAAAUAAAGGUUCU